AUGGCUUACUCUCAGCCACAUUCGCGUGUCUCUGUACUCUCAAAUUCUUCAACAGCUUCGUCUGUUGAGCACUUCUCUCCUGCGGCCUCUACCACCCGAUUCUCCCUCCCCACAACUCCUGGCCUCCCCUCACGUGUCAGACCAAAUAUAUAUGACCGCAACCUCACCAAGACACGGAUACCAGAAGUCUCUGGCGCUGCCUUCACCUUCCUCUUUUCUGAAAUGGUACAAUAUACCCAGAAACGAGUCAGUGGAAUAAACGACCUCGAAAGGCGACUCAACACGCUCGGCUACCGCAUAGGCACCCGCGUACUCGAGCUCAUGGUCUGGCGCGCGGAAUCGCAGUCCAAAGCACCGAAACGGGAAAUCCGCUUUCUCCCAGCGCUCAUGUCAAUUCAUACCCAGGUCUGGAGGGCAGUAUUUGGCAAGCCAGCAGAUGCUAUCGAGAAGAGUGUGGAGAAUGCAGACGAAUAUAUGAUAAUCGACAACGACCCACUCAUUGAGCGAUACAUCUCCGUCCCAAAAGACAUGAGUCAGCUCAGUUGCUCCUCGUUCACUGCUGGCAUCGUUGAGGCAGUAUUGGAUGGACUCGGUUUUCCCGCCCGUGUCACAGCCCAUAAUACGCCAACAGCUCAGGCUCCCUCACGAACAACGAUCCUAAUAAAGCUGGAGAAAUCGGUACUAGAACGAGAAGAGGUGCUCAAGUAA